AUGGUGUCGCUGGAAGUCGGGCCAGAAGCGACCCGCUUCCUCGUCCACGACAGCGUCUUGAGCCGAAGCGAGGUUCUUGCCGCAAAGUCCUAUCCAUUGGCCUUUGUCAAGCAAUCCGUACUUCUCCCAGAGCUGGAUCUGAACACAGCGCACACUCUGGUACACUACCUAUAUACCGGCAAAUACCAGAGCCUCAACACAUCGGCGUCAUCUGACAAGGUCAUUCCCGAAGUCUACAAGCUUGGUGCGGGUGUGUACUGCGCUGCCGCUCGCUACAAGCUACCAGGUCUGGCUGAGCUGGCUCAAAACAAGCUGAAGUCCCUCGACGAAGAGAUGAGCAUCUUCGAUAUCCUCACUGUAGCGAGAGACCACGCAUUUCCUUUACUACCGGAGGAUGACUUGUGGUAUCCGAGCUAUAUCGAGCAAUCGCUCAACAAUGCCAUGGCGGACGAUCCAGAGCCGUUCCGCAAGCCGGACUUCAUUACGACGGUGGAGGGCAACAGCAGGCUUCUACAGCUCGUCUGGAAGACUGUCAUGAGUAACUACGCUCGAGCGCCAGCGACACCGGUGGUCAAUAACGAGGAAGCCACUACUCCAACAGCUGAGCUCGUGCCGGAGAUCAACGAGUCGGUCGGUGGCGAAGCCGAUGUCGCUACAAUCGCGCCACCCAAAGUUGAAGACAAAGAAGAGCCAACAGCGACACCAGUGUCGGCGCCUGUUCCAAAGGACAAUGUUACUGAAGCCGCGGUUGUGAACGACGCGAUCAGUUCGAAGCCUACUGAAGAAGCCGCUGCGAAGUCUGAAGAAGUUCAACCAGUAGAAAAGCCAGCAACGCUUGAGCCCUUCACGGACGAGCUGGACUUCAAGUCCUCAAAAACGUACCAGCAGAUGGGCAACAGAAAGCCAGAACCAGUCAAUACCAAUGAUACAGUCUCAGAGACGACCAAAGCUCCUGUUCACGUACGAUCAGACUCGGUGAUGCAGGCCGAGCAGCCUGUGGUAACUCCCACCGAUGAGAAGACGAACAUCGAUGGUGUUGCGCAAGCGGGAGAUGGAUUUGAGCCUCUACCGAUGGACUUGGGAUCAAACAAAAGCAAAAAGAGCAAGAACAAGAAGGCCAAGAAGUCGAAGCCGGCUGCUAUCGAGCCUGUCGAGUAG